AUCCAUAUUGUAGUUGACCUCGUUUUCACUGGAAGCCACUAUGGCUGCACUUCCUUCAAAGUCGAGACGCAAACAUUCAAUGUUCUUAUUAUUGUAGAAUGCAACGGUCGCACGUGCGGACUGUGAUUUAUUUCUCCCGAUUGUGCCAUGGAGCAAGAGGAAUUUGUGCCCGGUGCUUAUUUAUGCAACAACAAAAUACCGGGGACAACUGCGGAACAUAUUCAUCAAAUGGAAAUUUUUGACGAUGAUGGGGAUUUGAUAAUUCACCGGGUGGACUCGGAUCAAGUUGUUUACAGGCCUCACAGGAAUAAAGUCAAGUUAAUAGGAAAAUACUUGAUGGGAGAUGUUCUAGGGGAGGGUUCAUAUGGCAAGGUGAAAGAACUGUUGGAUACUGAAACACUCUGUAGAAGAGCUGUUAAAAUUUUAAAGAAAAGAAAGCUGCGAAAGAUACCCAAUGGAGAUCAAAAUGUGCAAAGAGAAAUCCAGCUACUAAAGCGACUGAGGCAUCGUAAUGUCAUACGCCUAUUUGAAGUGAUGCACAAUGAGGAAAAAGAGAAAAUGUACAUGAUUAUGGAGUAUUGUGCAAGUGAACUGCAAGAAAUGUUAGAGAGUGUGCCUGAGAAAAAAUUUCCAAUCUGGCAAGCUCAUGGCUAUUUCCGCCAGCUAAUAGAUGGCCUUGAGUACCUACACAGCAAUGGCAUUGUGCACAAAGAUAUUAAACCUGGGAACCUUCUGGUCACCAAUGAUGAGACACUCAAAAUUACAGAUCUUGGCGUGGCAGAGGCCCUCGACAGGUUUGCGUGGAACGACGAGUGUCGCACCAGUCAGGGGUCACCUGCAUUUCAGCCCCCUGAGAUUGCAAAUGGUCUUGGAACCUUUGCUGGGUUUAAAGUGGAUGUGUGGUCAAGUGGAGUCACCCUGUAUAAUGUCACGACUGGAAAGUAUCCUUUUGAAGGAGACACAAUUUACAAAUUGUUUGAGAACAUCGGAAAGGGUGAAUACAGUAUACCAGAAGGUGUCUCGGACCAGCUCUCUGAUUUGCUGAAAGGUAUGCUGGCAUAUGAGUCUGAGGUUCGGUACUCACUGAUGCAGAUCAGACAACAUCCCUGGUUCAUCAAGCAGCACCCUCGCAUGCUGGAUCGUGUGUUGAUUCCCCCACGCCUUGAUACCCCCGAGGAUGUGCUGCGCUCUAUGACUGUGAUUCCUUGCCUCAACACCAUGCACUAUGGGGAUGAAGAUGAUGACGAUGAUGAUGAGGAAGAUGAAAAUGUUACCUUGAUGGCUAUCUCUCAGAACCAGAACUACUUGGAUGACGAUGCUCUCAUGAACAAUGUUUCAGACCACGUGGUACCAUCAGGCAGUAUGGAUAGACAAAAUGCAGCUGUUGAUGACAUAGAGGAUGAGCCACCUCAAGCUGAGGCUGCGGAUGGGACUAAACAUUGUAUUCCGAAACGCAAGAAGAGCAAGAAAAACAAGUUCUCGGGUUGCAAACAGUCCUGACGUCUGUGUUUCGUCUUCUACCGUAGUUCUCUUUGUUACCUCAAGAGUUCUCAGCUCUGGGAAAAAGUUCCCAAUUUUAUAGAAAAAAAAGUUGGCGCUGUUGUCCCGGUUUUUCUAAACCAGUCACAAAUGAUGGAAUAUCCCAGGACUGGGCAUUUGGUAAAGGAGCAUGUAUAUAGUGUGGAGGAACGUAUUGUUAAGGGGGCAGAUCUACAAGAGGAGGAGGUUUCUAAACAUUUUGCGAUUUCCUUUGAUCACAUGGAAAAAUUAUAUACUUGGGGCAAGGAGAGAGCACCUUUGAAAAGUUCAGAAAUUUUAUUUGAAAAUCUCCCCUCUUCAGGAGUAUUUCAUUGCUGUUGAAACAAAAAUAUCCACAAUUUUUUCCUACUUGUACUGUGUAGCAGGUUCUAAUGGAGUUAUUCAUUUUCUUGCAGCUUCGAUGAUUUGUAGAGGGAAAUAUGAAUUCUGACAAAGAAGCAGUUUCAGAAAAGGAUGGAAGUUUUUUUAAUGAAAACCCCAACCAUUGCCUCUUGGCCUGUGAUAUUUGCAUUUAUCUCUGCUCUUAUGCCACACUUUGCUGAUUAUGAUUUGUUGACUUUUAUUCACAAUAUAUCUUUUCCAUUGGAAGGGGCAUGCUCAGAAUAAGUGUGUUUUCUUUCACAUCGUUAUUGAAUACUGUUUUCUAACAUGAUGUUCACUACUUUUGGAGGUUGUGCCUCUGAUAUUGUUGGCAUUGGGUUUGUUUUUAGUCUUGAAAAUUGUCAAGCUUUGUCAAAGGGACACCAUCUUUUUCAAAGUGAAUGACUGCUGCCAUAGUUAAGUAACAUAAGGUUAAAAAACAAUGCUAUUCCAGGUGAUUUCACUUGUAUGCAGUUGUGCAAGGAACAUUUGGAGGAGCGACCGCCUACAUUUGUUAUCACUCACGUUGCCACAUAGAGCCUUGUGGGUUGCAGUGAAUGAAUCAAAUGAUGUCUGUCUUGUAAAGUUUUUCUCAUCAUCACUAAAUUUAUGGCUUAGUCCAUUGGAUAUUUGUGCAUUGAGCAUGAUGGAAAAUUGAUCUUCGUUCCUUCUUUGCUUACUGGAGGUGCAUUUCCCUUUGAGAAUGAAAUGUGCACAUCCUUUAUAAGCUAUUGUAAUGGGCAAUUGUGUUUGUUGACAGUUUUCUCAAACUUGUGUCUUUGUUAUUUUCUUCCCACUGCUUGUUCUUCAAGCGUUCUUGUUUCUCUUUCAGCUUACACUUGGUUGGACUUAGAGUUAGGCCUCUUUUUGUGUACUUUGACAUAAAUACAUAUUCUCUUUGUAAUCAUCAAUGCACUGUGUUGUUCUACAAAAUGUGUAUCAUCUCUUUACUCUCCCUCCCAAGAACAUUUUGUGAUUACUCUUGCUCACCUUUGGUCAGUAAAUCAACAUAGUUUCGAUUUCAUCUCAGUGAAUAAUAAAUCUAAGAGCAAUUUUUCCCAAUUCCUCUCUAUCUCUCUCUAUGUAUAUAUAUAUAUACAAAUAUAUUCAUGUACAAUAAUGCUUGGGUUGUGAACCUGUUCCAUUAUAUUCUCAGAUAGUAAACAAAAACGUUUUAGUCAGAGCAAUCGCAUAAUUACACAUAGUUUUUACUCAAAGAUAAAGUUAUUUACAGG